AUGGCUUCCUUACUCUCUACAACAACUACACUUCAACAUACUCAUAACAAAAUAUGUUUCUCUCCGCUAAAACUCACCACCCCAUUUAACAAUUCUUUCUUAACAAAACAUUUCAAUAAUCAUUCUAUAAGGUGUAAUGCAUUUUUCGAUAUCAUCCCCAAAGAAAUAUUAUUGAGCAGCACUUUUUAUUUGGAUAAGUUUCAAAGUGUGAGCGAGGAUUUAUCAGACAUGCAAAGGUUGGAGAUUUUUCUCUUUGUUGGACUGACAUGGUUGUACUUAACUGCAAGACCAGGUGUUCUUUUUGGUGCCAUUGAUGCAUACCUUUUGGCUCCAAUGCAAUUGGUUUUGGAUAGUUUAUCCGGAAGGAGAAGCAUGAAGAGGAGUGAUUUCUUGAUUGGUGAUAAGAUAGGAGAAGGGUCGUUCGGUGUUGUUUAUUCUGCUGUUUUGGCAACAAAGAAUGUGGAUGCGAAAGAGAGGAUUCAGAAGAAUGGACGAGGUAAGAUGGAUGCUAAAUCCAAGGAUAAAGUCAUUCUUAAAAAGGUGAAGGUUGGAAUUGAAGGGGCAAAAGAAUUUGGUGAUUUUGAGGAGUGGUUCAAUUAUAGACUCUCUAGAGCCGCUCCUGAAACAUGUGCCAAGUUCCUUGGAAGUUUUGUAGCAGAUAAAAGCAAUUCUCAAUUCACAAAAGGUGGAAAAUGGCUUGUUUGGAAGUUUGAGGGAAGCCGUACUCUCGGGGAUUACAUGACAGAUAAAAACUUCCCUUCAAACUUAGAGUCCAUCAUGUUCGGAAGUGUCUUGCAAGGUGUGGAAUCUUCUAAAAGAAAUUCACUUAUCAUCAAGCAAAUAAUGCGCCAAAUUGUUACAUCUCUUAAGAAAAUUCAUGAUACUGGAAUUGUACACAGGGAUGUAAAGCCUUCAAACUUGGUUGUUACAAAACAAGGACAGAUUAAACUCAUUGAUUUCGGUGCAGCAACCGACCUUAGAAUCGGAAAGAAUUUUGUUCCUGAUUAUACACCUUUGGAUCCUGAUUACUGUCCACCCGAACUAUAUGUGCUACCACAAGAAACACAAAGUCUUCCUCCUGAGCCAAUUGCAGCUUUACUUUCACCAAUCUUGUGGCAGUUAAACAGUCCUGAUCUCUUUGAUAUGUAUUCUGCUGGAAUUGUACUCCUGCAAAUGGCAAUACCAACCUUAAGGUCUCAAGCUGCUUUGAAAAAUUUCAAUUUGGAAAUGAGAACAUGCGGAUACGAUUUGAACAAAUGGAGGGACUCUACUCGCAUGAAGUCUAACUUCCAAAUCCUUGAUAGUGAUUCUGGUAGAGGCUGGGACUUAGCAUCAAAGCUUAUCUCCGAAAGAAGAAGGCGUUUAUCCGCUGCUUCUGCUUUGAGGCAUCCUUAUUUUCUUCUAAGUGCUGAUCAGGCAGCCGCAGUUCUUUCUAAAUUUAGCUUUAGCACAAAAUGA